AAGGCUUUCCGCUUGCUUUCGAUCUUAGCAGACCCGGAGCGGCUUUCAGUUGUGCAAUACAGCACCGCAUUGGACUUUCUUAAAGGCGCGGGGCUAUGGCCGACAAGAAGCUGGAAGAAGUGCGAACAAAGUUUGUGGAGAAGGUGAACAGAGCUGUCAUCUGCGCAGUCUUGGAUGAUCUGCUAGAAAAACGGGUCUUGAACGAUGAGGAGGUAGAAAAGGUGGAGGAGAAAUCUGUCACACAGGAACAAGCCAGAACUUUGAUCGAUGUUGUCAGGAAGAAGGGCCCCAGAGCCAGCCUUGUCACCAUCAAGAGCCUCUGCGAACGAGAUUCCUUCUUGGCUGAACAGCUGGGUCUGAUGGCCUUCUUGGAGGAACAUGGGGAAAGCCAGAGGUAAUCCUGCUGUGCUGCUGAGACUUCCAGGCAUGUCAUAGUUUCCUCGAAAGCUUCCAUGUAUUUCAUGUUAAGAAUUAAUUUUGGUUUUGUAUAACAUUGAAUAAAAGUCUAACCACUGUUUGGUGGAUCUUGUAUCUCUGAA